UAAUAUUUGACAGAAGCAGAAAUGAUAAAACGGAUAAGUGCAAGUCUCCCUCUAAAACGGUUAACGUGGUGUUUAUUAGUUCUGGUCUGUGUAGCAGCGAUCAAAACAUUCAAACAGUAUUACUCGAAUAUAUUAAGUCUUCAGAAAUGGGAAUCAUGGACUAUCAACUCACAAAGACUGGUGUUAAAUCAUGAACAGCCUAGAAACGCUUCAAUAAUUUUUAUUGGUGGACAUCAAAGUACAGGUACUGGACUAAUGCGUAUCCUUUUGGAUGUUCAUCCAUUGAUACGAUGUGGUCCUGAACCUAUUAUAACUUGGGAAAUAAUGAAUUUCAGGAAAUCAAUGAAAGCAUACAUGAAUAAGUUAGAAGCGGCUGGAGUUACUUCACGUGUUAUCGAUGAGGCGACAGCUGGAUUCAUAGUUUCAGUGGUUGAGAAUAUGGGCCCGCCAGCUGAACGACUAUGCCAUAAACAACCUGGAAUAUAUUAUUAUCUACGUGAAUUAGGUGACCUUUUCCACGAAGCUAAAUUUAUCCAUAUGAUUCGAGAUGGCAGAGCUUCAGUAUUGUCAACUAUCACUCGAAAAGUCGACUCACAGUUUACAGCUGACAAACCGGUGGAAGCUAUCAAGUUAUGGGAGAAUAUUACUCGGCAAAUGAUUGAUGACUGUAAAUAUAUUGGUGCAAAACGUUGUCUAACUGUACGAUAUGAAUGUCUUGUAUUGGAACCAGAAGUUCAGUUACGAAGAAUUCUCAGAUUUCUACAUCUAAAAUGGGAUCCAUCGCUACUGAAGCAUGAUAAAUUGGUGAAUAAAACUUCUAAAAUCAGCUCUAUGGAGGCGAGUACAGUACAGUUUAUCAAGCCAAUACAUAUAAAGUCACUGGAUUUAUGGACAAAGAAUAAUUCCGUUAUUCCACAGGCUAUCCUUCGAAAUUUUCAUAAUUAUACAACUUUACUUGAUGAGAUGGGUUAUUCAAGCAAACAAAUCCCACCAAAUUAUAAGCAGUUAUGUAAACUUUGAUGUAUAUCCA